CAGAGGGCUAUAAAGAGCACAGAGGUCAUAUAUACAAUAGAUAUAAAAUUAAAUCUCAAUACUGACUGGUGGCGUUAGUAAAUUAUAAGAAUCAAUCGGGCUUCUGUACGUGACAGCGUUUCUGGCUUUUGAUUCUACAUCGUGUACCCUUUAACCACCCCCUGGCCUGAAAAGGCAGGCAGCAGAACUAGAGAGGAGAAGAAAGAACGAGAAAGGAGGAGAAGAGCGCAGGGUUGCAUCAGUCGAUUUCCUGCAAGGGCGAAGGCGGGAGGCUUUUGUGUAUGCGAGCAUUCGAAUCGACUUUGCUGUUCAGCCUGGUGGAUGACGUGAGCGCUCUGGGGCUGGGGAGUGUCGCCGGUCUGGCUCCGCGCCCGGUGACGUCUUCCACGAAAAGCAAGCACGUGACCCAGUUCCAUUCACAAGAAAAAAAAAGUCGAAGCGGCAAACUCCGGCUAAGCUAUAUAAGGCGAGGCGCUGAGUCCGGCGAGCAAGCAAACUGCACCAGCCGCGCAAGGAGAGAGGCGAGGCUGCCAACAAACGAGACGCGCAAAAGCCAGUCAAGCGGCACCGACUCCAUCUCCCCCGACCAUUUGGGAUACUGGGAAAAAAAUAAUAAUAAUUAAAAAAAAAACCACCCCAAAACCCAGCGAAAAAAGAGAUUUGGUUUGCAAUCCGCGCCGCUUUUGGUUUUGAAAAGCUCCAAGAUAGCGACCCUUCCAGCAAGAACAAAGAAGCGCCCGGGGAAGGAAGCCGCUUCUCAUCCCCAAGACAAAAGGGGGCUCGGAUCGUCCCGCUCAGCUCCCGGAGGCGAUCGCUCGCCUUUCGCGCUGCCUGCCCACUUGCCAGCUAUUAUGGUCAACAUGCAAGUGUGCGCCCUGGAUUGCGAGACGCUGCGGGGUCUGCUGAAGGACAGGGCCUUGCAGUGCCUGCUCCUGGACUGCCGCUCCUUCUUCUCCUUCAACUCCUCGCACGUCGGCGGCUCCCACAACGUCCGCUUGAGCACCAUCAUCCGGCGGAGGGCCAAGGGGACCAUGGGCCUGGAGCACAUCCUGCCCAACGAGGAAGUGCGCGCCCGCCUGCAGCAGGGGCUUUACCACGCCGUGGUGUUGCUGGACGAGCGCAGCGCCGACCUGGAGGCGCCCAAGGGUGACAGCACCCUCAUGCUGGCCCUGAACACCCUCUGCAGGGAAGCCCGCCACGCCCGCAUCUGCUUCCUCAAAGGAGGAUACGAAGCCUUAAUGUCUGCGUACCCUGAGUUGUGCACAAAGCCGUUGGCUCCGAAGGGCCUGACUCUGCCCCUCAGCACGAACAAUGUACCUGGCAGCGCAGAUUCAAACUGCAGCUCCUGCGGGACUCCUCUGUACGAUCAGGGUGGUCCAGUGGAAAUCCUACCUUUCCUGUACUUGGGCAGUGCCUACCAUGCUUCCAGGAAAGAUAUGCUGGAUGCUUUGGGGAUCACGGCCUUAAUCAACGUCUCGGCUAACUGCCCGAACCAUUUUGAGGGGCACUACCAGUACAAACGCAUCCCUGUAGAAGAUAACCACAAGGCUGACAUCAGUUGCUGGUUUAAUGAAGCCAUUGCCUUCAUAGACUCUGUUAAAAACGAUGGUGGGCGAGUAUUUGUUCACUGUCAAGCUGGCAUCUCCCGCUCAGCAACCAUUUGCCUCGCUUACCUUAUGAGGACCAAUCGAGUCAAACUGGACGAAGCCUUUGAGUUUGUCAAGCAGAGGAGAAGCAUCAUCUCUCCCAACUUCAGCUUCAUGGGACAGUUGCUGCAGUUUGAGUCCCAGGUCCUUGCUCCAAAUUGCUCAGCGGAGGCUGGAAGCCCUGCCAUGGCUGCAUUGGACAGAGGUGCACCAACAACGACGGUUUUCAACUUUCCAGUCUCCAUCCCCGUCCAUCCUUCUGCCAAUGCACUAGGCUACCUUCAGAGCCCUAUCACCACUUCUCCAAGCUGCUGAAAAGCAGGUGCAAACGGACUCUCGACACAAAGACUUGAUACUCUGGCUGUUAUCUCAAAAGUGCAAUAACGCUCGCUCGCAUAGGUUUCCUCUCCUUGCAGUUGCAAAGAAGUACAGAGUCAUCAGCACAGAGCAGCAUAAUCUGACUCCAGAAAACAAGGUUAUUUUCUGCUAGAUUUUGCUAAGAUGUAUGUUUGACCAACAUUUGGAUGCCUACAAAGGAGACAAAGCAUAGUGGACAUUGCUUUCUACUCCUGAACUAUUCCUCUUAACAUUGUCCUGUCUCCCUGUGUCCGUCAGUCCGUGCUUUGAUAGCAAACCUUACAGUAUUCUCGUUCCUGGGUUUACUAGGCUAACAGUGACACUGCCCCCUUGUAUAAAGAAGACCCGGUAUUUAUUUAUUUUAUCGUAUAAUUGCAUUGUGUGUGCACGUGUGUGUUGCCUUUAAAAGUCUCAAAUUUCAUUUUUCUUUUCAAAAAAGAAAAACCAAAUACCUCAGCAUUUUUUGGGUACUGUAACCCUGUAAAUACAUCUUAAACUGUUUCCUAAGCACUGACAUUGAAAGCACAAAGGAGCGUUUGUGGCUUUGGUUGCCAAGGGUGGUAUGUUUGCUGAUUUAUUUAUGAUGUGAAAUAAUAUAUUUCUUCUUAUGAUGGAAGACCUGGGGGGGUUUAUUAUGCCUUUUUAUACAAACGAAAUAAAUUAUGACAUUUCUAUUAAAAA